GAAUACAUUUACGUGUAUGUGAGUUGGUUGUUGACACCGGACGUCUUUUCCCACCUACAAGUCACUGAAGGGCUAACUUUUAUUUCGUAGCUGUUUGGAAACUUUAUGAUUAGCGCAGACGACGUCUCAGACACCAUAGUCCGUUAUUAAAGAAGACUUUACGCCACACUGGUCACGUGGUUAAACAUGGCGAAAAGUAAAACCAAGAAGAGUAAAAAUGGCAAAGUGGUCAAAAAUGGUUCGACAAACAAAGAGCAGCCGGGCAACAGAGAGGACUUCUGUUGUCAAAUCACCAGAACCGAAAUUCUGUCAGAGAUGGAAGAGAUAGAUGAUCUAAAAAUGGUGGGACGCGUCAUGGAACACAACGGAACCUUUAUUAGGCGACCUCGACCUGAGAGAAAAGACGCAAUGACUAUGACGUCGUGUGAUGUUGGUACUCAAAUAAAAAAGGACAUGCUUGUUGAAAUCCGACGAGAAUUGGACCAACAUGGCCAGAGCACCGAGGGACCGACAGUUGUUGCGUUCAAACCUGGACGAAGGCGACCACCUAUAAAACGACCCAAACGAUCCAUCAAAACACAGACGUCUCGAGAUUUCAGUUGCCAGGCGACGGCGGAGGGCAUCCGCACAUCCUUCCACGAAGACAUGAUAGAAGAAGAAGAAGCGCCCUCGCGAUGGGAAGAGAAACAAGUGGACACCACGCUGUCUACGUUCCAUCAGACGUCGGAGGAGGCUGAAACAGUAACCGUGGUAACGACGACGACAACAACAACUACAACUGUGCAGCAAGAAGAUGGAAUAAGGGAGGAGUGGAAGUUGGAGAUUGUAGAUGAUGAUGGGUUACAAGCAACCCCGGUCAGCAACGAGGACAUGCUACUUCUUGAGCAUUCUAAUGUCGGGGUUACCAUAGUUACAACGGAAGUCGAUGAAGGAGUAGACAAUCCUAGCUUUGAACAAGUUGAAACGAAUGACCUGGGCGUCGUUGUGGAUGCUGACACCGAGAGUGACGAAGAUGACACGUAUUUGUAACACGUAAAUGGGAACACUAAUAAGCGCUGGUUUCCUGUUAAAACUUAAUUAUAAAACUCCACCACACGCCCUCCAGCUUAUUCCUCGUGAAGUUGUUACCCCCAGCUAAACUGUUUGAUUACACUGCUAUAAUUUUUCACGAUACUAGAAUUGUAUAGCAGACGUGAAGACAACAUUUCGCGAUUGUCACGGAUACUCUUCGUCUGACGUGUAGGCGUGAGUAGCGCCCUCUCCGACCGAACGGCAUCAUACCUCACAAUGUUCGGUUUGGAGCUCCGCGGAGGGCGCAAAUCACGCGACCUCAUCAGGCUAUGAUACUUCAUGUCGUGGGAUAUUUACUGCUAGAAUUUUCCAAAGACUCGUGAAAGUCGCGAAAGUUUGUCUCUCGUGAGAUUACACCAAUUCACGGUCGCCAUAAUCUCGGAUCUGUGUAUCGCUGAAAGUUACAGUAGUACCUGCCAAAGUCGAUCCUUUCAAACUACUGGUGUUUUUGUUAUACGAACAUCCCUCAAUACAAUAAUGGAUUCUAAUCUAUUGUUCCGCCUGGGGUCUACAAUAUAACAUAUCAUUAGCAUACAUUAUCACGUACGGUAAUGAGAUGUCAUCCCGGUGACGUCAUCAAUAUUCCUUUUUUUUAAUGUAUAUUACACAGGAAGUUUCCACGUUUUUUUUCUACUUUUUUAGGGGGGUCAUAAAUGUAAGGUCAACGAGCAAUGCAACCUUUUUAAUCGAGAGGUAAUGUGUUUAACAUAAUAACAUUUAGGAAGAUAUGCAAUUAUAAAUUGUAAUUUUUCACAGUUUGAAAUAAGUAGUGCUAUCUGUUCCGAAAUAAAACCCACAAUUCAACAGUCGAGAGCGAUAAAAGCAGCAUGCAGGCGAGUGUUCCGUGGGAUGUUCUCACCACUAUAUAUAUAUUUUUUAAAUAACGAAUACAUUUUCUGCGCAUGAAUUUCGAAAAUUUUAACAAGUAAAAACGUUCUUAUCCCCUAAAAUUAAAAUAGGCUGGGUUAUAUUAGUAUAGUAUAAGACCGUAUCUUCAAAUAUUUGUUCACUCUAUACUGACUUGAGUGCAGCAUAAUAUACCAAGACAAAAAACACAUUUACAUAAAGACUUUCUAUUUUUCAAGCAUCGGCUGAGUUCGACGUUGAUGGCGUUGUCGCGUAAACUUUAAUGAGUCUAUUCGGGGAAAAAUGCUUUUCUGCCCAACUCAACAGCAUAGGACACUGGUAACUAAGUGUAAAGCAUUGUGUGUGCCCUAAUAUAUAGGACUUGUGUAGAGGAAUAUAGUAGCGGGCAUUCAGAUGAUACAUACUGAACCGUUUUACCUGCCGGAGAACAUUUGUCUGUCUGAGAGAGUAUUCGUACAGCUUUAUUGAAGAGACUAUUAUGUUAAAUAUUUGAUGGUCUGAAUUUACGCGCAUGGGUGGUGGGUGGGGGGCUUUCAUGUAUGCAAACAAGCAACAAUGAACUGUAAACAUUUAUUUUACAUUUCCCACAAUUCGUACAAAUCCAAAUCAUCAAAUAUUAGACAACCAAAUGCAACUAUUACACAGCAACAGCUUACCUCUGUUAUUUACCCUAUUUAGAAGCAUACAUGCAUUCGGCUUUGACAAAAUUAAUGCGCCGAAAUGGAUAUUGACUGCGUUUUUCUAAAAAUAUCGUGCGUGAUACUUACUGUCUCGACACUUAACAUUUAUUAGAAAAAAUCGACAAGCUACAAUGUAUUUGCAACAAACACAGGUUGUAGUAGUUUUGGUGAACUCUUUUUCCAAUUUCAAGUUUAUAUUUAUUUUUAUAAUAGAUGAUUGCCAAAAAUAAAUGCUGUAUAACCCUCUAGGCCUUUUUACAGAUAAAAUUUCCUUUUUAAUAAAUAUAUCUCUGUAACAAUGAGUGUGUUUUUUGAUAUAACAUGUGAACUUUAUUUACCCGAUUGUAAUAAAAUAUUCAAAUUACUAAUUUUAAUCUUUUCUGAAGCGCCCUCUGGUGAUGAAAUGAUGUGAUUUAAGGUCAUUCACUUUGGAAAGCGUAUGUAAAUAUGGGUCACACAUCAGCAUGACUUGGAGUGAUGACAGUAGCAAAGAUAUUUUGAUUUGUAGGGGACCACAUUUAUUACUACUCGUGACAACCCUAGUUUUUUCAUUUAACUGGUAAGAAGUGUACUUUAUAAGUUAUGAUUUAAAUUUAAUGUAUACUGAAUCAUUAAAAUAUCUCUUAUUUUGAUCAUGAAA